GUUUGGGAUGGAUGCCAAUGCGGCCGUGAUGGGCUAUGAUGUUCCACUGUCAUCGAUGAACUUCCCGGAAGAAGAGCAGUGCAAGCUGGUCGCCGAGGACUGGAAGAAAAUAUCUGCAAGGUCCCAGGCCCUCAAGAAAAACGUGCGGAAAGACGCCGAGGAUGCCCAGGUGACCGUCCCUGGAAAACAGACCCCGACGAAGGGCAGACGCUUCAGCUUCUUUGGUUCCAAAGGUGCUAAGGAGGCCAAGAGCACUGGCAGCACCGCUAUGGAGAAGGCCGAGGACAAGCAGGAGCAGCCCGAGAAGACCAUGGGGGCCAUGGAUUUCAACGAGCUGGUGACCAUAAACGCCGGCAUCAUCAGCACAAACAU